AUGGCCUCCAUCAUCGAGACUAUACCCAUCGAUCACGUGCCCGCAGACCACGCCGUCCACAUCGCCUUCUUCAAGGACGUCCAGAACGCUGCAUUCCUGCACCAGCAGCUUCUCGACCGCAACGCAGACUUUGAAUAUGCCCUGAUUGAUGCUUCCGUGGCCGUCUCACGAACCCACAUCCUCGCCGCCGCGUUCAAGGCCGUGACCGCAAAGGUCGACGGCAGCCUCAAGACCCCCAACGUCCACUCCGAGCUGGUCGCUUCCCUGAGCUCCGCCAACAACAUCGCCGAGGCCUACCGCCGCUUCGGAAUCAGCCCCUCCAGCAAGGACCUCAUCGCCGUCAAGAUCAGCUCCCCCGCCGCCGUGCCCUCCGCCGAAGAUGUGGAACAGCAUCUCAAGGAGAACUUCCAGGGCACGCCGGUGCCGUUCACGGACGAAUCCAUCGCGACGUCGACAGACUGGGCCAAGGUCCGCAAAUACUACAAGCUCAACGGCCUCGCGUGGCUCGACGCAAUCAAGGACGAAAAGGAACGAAGGGAGCAGCUGGAAACACUCGUGCUGGGAGCCAUGGCAUUGCGCACUGCCUAA